AUGGCCACCUGUUUUGGAAUAGUAAAAUUACCUAUCUGCAUCAACCAAACUUCAAUACCGAUGAAGUCACUGUUCUGCACAUCAAGCCACUAUUUAAGAUCCGAUUCUUCAUCACCAUUAUUUAAGCACAUAAUAAAUCGGCGCUACCUUAUAGCACCUACAUCAAAAGCCACCCAAAAGCAUUCCUUCUCACAUUCUGCUACACAUAAAAUCCGUCUAAUAAAACUGACAGGUGUGUCUGAUGUUACCGUCAAGAAAACUCAUACCUCAGAAUCAGAAAAGAAUCAGAAGUCAAACGUAAAAAAUGAUGAAUAUAAUAAGGUAGUGCCGAAAUAUGUGUCAAGUUCUUCAAAAGCUUGUUCUAAAUCAGUUCCAUCUUGUCCCGUUUUAUGCCCAAUGUGUCAUGGAAACGUUGGUUACUGUUGCAAUGAUAGAACUAUAAAUGAUCUAAUAUCAUUAAAACCUGUGACUAUCGCUGAUGAAUCUUCAGCUGAAUUGAGAAAAACUGAAACACGAGCAACAGAAAUGAAAACAGAAAAUAAAGUAGAAAAGGAUGAAUUAAAUAAAGUAAUUCCAAAUUUUGAACUAAAUAACACAUGGCCCUCCGCAAAAUCAACAGAGAAUACCACAGACUCGCAGCGUAUAAUUCUUUGUCCAAUGUGCCACAGGCAUAUAGUACAUGGUUUACGUAACGCGGAAAAACGAACAUACCGUGUAGUACCCAUAAUUGCAAAUCAAACUAAGGCAUUAAAUUUUGUAGCUGAAGUUAAGCAGACUACGGGUAUUGACGCUACGGUUAAGACCUUAAACGCCGAAUAUAACAAAGUAAUACCAAAAUGUCCUGAUAAUGACUCGUGUCCCUCGUGUCCAUCUCCCUGCCCUCCUUGUCCAUGUCAACCAUUUCCAUGUUGCCCACCCUGUCCCUGCUGCCCACCGUGUCCUUGCUGCCCACCAUGUCCUCCAUGCCCAUGCCCUCCUUGCCCAUGCCCUCCAUGCCCAUGCCCUCAGUGCCCUCGGUGUCCACCACAAUCACGUUCACCCACAUCUCUAUGUUCGCCAAAAACAACCGAUGGAAAAUAA